GAGCGGCGCGAGGAGAUGCGACAGGGCGCCGCGCCGCCGGCAUCAUGCGCCCGCCGCCCGCGCUGGCCCUGGCCGCGCUCUGCCUGCUGGCGCUGCCCGCCGCCGCCGCCGCCGCCUACUUCGGCCUGACUGGGCGGGAGGUCCUGACACCCUUCCCGGGGCUGGGCCCCGCCACCUCCCCGGCGCAGAGUGGGGCCCACCUGAAGCAGUGCGACCUCCUGAAGCUGUCCCGUCGGCAGAAGCAGCUCUGCCGGAGGGAGCCAGGCCUGGCCGAGACCCUGCAGGACGCCGCACACCUCAGCCUGCUUGAGUGCCAGUUUCAGUUCCGGCAUGAGCGCUGGAACUGCAGCCUGGAGGGGAGGACAGGGCUGCUCAAGAGAGGUUUCAAGGAGACAGCCUUCCUGUACGCGGUGUCCUCGGCCGCCCUCACGCACACUCUGGCCCGGGCCUGCAGCGCCGGGCGCAUGGAGCGUUGCACCUGUGAUGACUCUCCGGGCCUGGAGAGCCGGCAGGCCUGGCAGUGGGGCGUGUGCGGUGACAACCUCAAGUACAGCACCAAGUUCCUGAACAACUUCCUGGGGCCCAAGAGAGGAAGCAAAGACCUGCGGGCGCGGGUAGACGCCCACAACACCCACGUGGGCAUCAAGGCCGUGAAGAGUGGCCUCAGGACCACAUGUAAGUGCCACGGCGUGUCGGGCUCCUGUGCCGUGCGCACCUGCUGGAAGCAGCUCUCCCCUUUCCGAGACACGGGCCAGGUGUUGAAGCUGCGCUACGACUCAGCCGUCAAGGUGUCCAGUGCCACCAACGAGGCCUUGGGCCACCUGGAGCUGUGGGCACCUGCCAGGCCCGGCAGCCCCACCAAGGGCCCGGCCCCGAGGCCUGGGGACCUGGUCUACAUGGAGGACUCACCCAGUUUCUGCCGGCCCAGCAAGUACUCGCCCGGCACGGCGGGCAGGCUGUGCUCCCGGGAGGCCAGCUGCAGCAGCCUGUGCUGCGGGCGGGGCUAUGACACCCAGAGCCGCCUGGUGGCCUUCUCCUGCCACUGCCAGGUGCAGUGGUGCUGCUAUGUGGAGUGCCAGCAGUGCGUGCAGGAGGAGCUCGUGUACACCUGUAAGCACUAG